AUGGCUGAAAAGUUUCUUGCUAAAUUCUUCCCACCUGCAAAAACCGCACAACUCAAGAGUGAGAUUGGUCAAUUAAAACAAAAUGAUUUCGAGUCACUCUAUAAAGCAUGGGAAAGGUAUAAAGAUUUGAUUCGAUGCUGCCCUCAACAUGGAUUGCCGGAUUGGUUGCAAGUUCAGAUGUUCUACAAUGGGCAAACUCAGACCACAGUUGACGCCACUUCUGGUGGAAUUUUGAUGUCAAAGACAGCUGAAGGUGUUACUUAUCUUUUGGAAGAGAUGGCCUCAAGCAACUAUCAAUGGCCAACUAAAAGAACUAGGGCUAAGAAAGUUGCUGGGAUUCAUGAAUUGGAGCCGUUAGCAGCCAUUUCAGCUCAAGUUGCUACUCUAUCUCAUCAGAUUUCAGCUUUGAUAACCCAAAGAAUACCACAAAGUGCAGAAUAUGUUGCAGCUACAAGUAUGACAAUUCCAAGCAAUGAAGCGAGUCAAGAACAAGUUCAAUACAUCAACAAUCAGAACUACAACUAUCGUGGUAAUCCUAUGCCAAAUCACUUUCAUCCAGGGCUUCGAAAUCAUGAGAAUUUGUCUUAUGGAAAUACAAAGAAUGUGUUGCAACCUCAACCUCCUUCAGGAUUUAAUAGUCAAUCAAGCAAGAAGAAGAUGUCACUUGAGAAUGCCAUGAUUUCCUUUGUUGAGGAGACAAAUGCAAAGUUUAAAGAGACUGAUUCACAAUUGGACAACAUUGAGACUCAUUGUAGCAACAUGAGAGCUGCUAUAAAGAAUAUUGAAGUGCAAAUUGGGCAACUAGCCACGACUAUCAAUGCCCAACAAAGAGAAACUUUUCCUAGCAACACAGAAGUGAAUCCAAAUGAGCAAAGCAAGGCCAUCACACUUAGGAGUGGAAGAGAAAUUGAGAAGCCACCGUCAAAGGAAACCAAUUCCACUCCUACUGCUGCAAACAAUGGCCAAAGCAAGAAUAAAGUUGAAGAAGAGGAUGAUACACCAAGAGAGUCUGACAAGCCUCUAGCAAUUUCAUUUCCUGACAAUCCUCCUAUUCUCUCUACUCCACUUCCUUAUCCUCAACAUGCCUUGGAACAAAUGUCAAAUUAUGUCAAAUUCCUGAAGGACAUCAUUUCCAAGAAGAGAAGGUUGGAGGAGUUCGAAACAGUGAAGCUUUUUGAAGAAUGCAAUAUAGAGGAAGAUGAAGAAGUCCCACUAAUUCUUGUCCUACCAUUCUUGGCUACGGGAAGGGCUUUAAUUGAUAUUCAAAAGGGUGAGUUAACAUUGAGAGUGAACAAGGAAGAGGUUAUGUUCAACAUCUACCAAGUCACGAGAAUUCCAGAAGAGCCAAGCACUUGUUUGAGGGUAGAUGUCAUUAAGCAAUGUGUAGAAGAAGCCUUUCAAGAAGAUGCACCAGCUGAUCACUUAGAAAGAGUCUUGCAAUAG